ACAGCUGUUUUGUUGGCCGGCGAUAAUUUAGUGAGAUUAUAUAGUUGUCACACGACGUUCAGGGGGAAAACAAGUGUUUACCGAGCUAUUUGUGGACCAGAAGCCGAGAAUGUCAGGAGUGCUAGCCGGAAAAGUGGCCCUGGUGACAGGUGCCGGUUCGGGAAUCGGAAGAGCCACCUGCCGCCUUUUGGCCAGGGAUGGGGCCAAGGUGAUCGCCGCGGAUCGCAAUCUCCAGGCGGCCCAGGAAACCGCCCAGGAACUGGGCUCCGAUCGCUCGGCCGCCCUCGAGGUGGACGUCUCCUCCGCCCAGAGUGUCCAAUCCUCGGUGGCCGAGGCGCUCAAGAAGUUCCAGCAGGCGCCCAGCAUUGUGGUCAACUCGGCCGGGAUCACUCGCGAUGGCUAUCUGCUGAAGAUGCCCGAGAGGGACUACGAUGACGUGUACGGGGUGAAUCUGAAGGGCACCUUCCUGGUCACCCAGGCCUUUGCCAAGGCCAUGAUCGAGCAGAAAUUAGAGAACGGCAGCAUUGUGAACCUCUCGAGCAUCGUGGCCAAGAUGAACAACGUGGGCCAGGCCAACUAUGCGGCCACCAAGGCCGGCGUCAUCUCCUUCACGGAAGUGGCCUCCAAGGAGUUCGGCAAGUUCGGCAUCCGGGUCAACUGCAUCCUGCCCGGCUACAUAGACACGCCCAUGGUGGCGGUGGUCCCCGAUUCGGUGAAGCAGCAGGUGGUGCAGCGCUGUCCGCUGGGCAGACUGGGCCAGCCGGAGGAGAUCGCCGAGGUCAUCGCCUUCCUGGCCUCCCCCCAGUCGUCCUACGUCAACGGGGCCGCCAUCGAGGUCACCGGGGGCCUUAAGUGAGAUCGGUAAAUCAGGAGAUCCAUACAUAUACAUAAACCAUCUCU